AUGGUCUCGGCCCAUCCAUCAAACGGCAAGUGUCUAGCAGUCAGCUCAUGGAGCUCAGCUUCUCCGGAUGCGGCAUCACCUCUACUGAAGAUCUUCCUAAUUCUGUUUUAUCCCACCAUGUCUACGCUAAAUCUUUUCCAGCAGAUCCAUCUGCAAUCUUUGACUGCCAACCUAGCAGGCUCCAUCGUGGGCCCCGAAUCUGUUCUCCAGGAGGCUAUGAACAUCGCAGCCAAGCGCAUGGUCAAGAAGCACCUGAGCCAGUACGGGUGGGAUAUCACCUGGGGUCCCCGAGUAUGGAAGUCGGAGACCUCGAAAUGGUAUGAAGGCUUGAAUAACUGCUGGAUGGUGAUGAAGGCGCCCAACGUCGAGUAUCCUGACGGAACCAGGUUCGACACAUACGUCGUGGCGAUUGCUGGUACCACUGUAUUUUCGACUGAAGAUUGGGAAUUCGAGGAUUUUGGAGUCGAUAAGGUGGUAGACUUCAACGCCUAUACCAAAAACUUUACAACCGGCUCCGCAGAUAAGCCUGUCGGGGUCCAGAAUCCUCCUUUCCGCGACAUUCCCUACGGUGCCUGGGGAACGACCUUCGAGUUCCGCGUCAUCUUCACCGGCCACAGCCUCGGGGGAGCCCUUUCGCCCUACCUGUCCCUGGCAACCAAGGCAAACAAUCUGGUCCCGGGCGUGGCUGAUAUUGCGGGUGACAUCCUCGCUCUUCCUUCCGCGGGAGCCACACCAGGCGAACAGCUUUUUAGCGAUGCCUACUCCAAGCUAUCGAAAGGAAAGUUUCUUACAAAAAUUCAAGGCCUCGUACAGAAGUCAAAAGAUCGCGCCAAGUCGUCCGGCUUCACAUACAUCCCGAUCGAAGGCAGCCCUUUCAACGGUACCCCUCCAGCCGAGACCCCCACAAAUUUCCUCUCCUUCAUGUCCGAGGCCGUCUUGCAGCAUACCAAGGCUUACCAUAAUGCGGUCAACGUCAGUGACGAGUUAGUUGAUCUUUAUAAGGCCAUCAUCAGCGCGCCUGGGGUGAAGAAGAAGUCUGCCAGAAUCUUGGCUAAGGAGAUGCCGGUGCUCUGUAAUGUUGAUGAUAGCGAAUGGGAUGAUAACAGCGAUGAUAAAUAUCCAUUUGAUUGCAUUCUCACUGGAGAACGGGUUCCGAGAUAG